ACGGGAGGAAAGAAGAGAGGCAACGCGCUGCUCCGGCAGUCGGACUCUGAGAGGCAAGGACAGAGGACAGACAGGGCGCUCAGCUCACUGACAGACGCACAGCCGGAGAGGGGGGAAGACGAGAGCCGGGGUCUCACUUACACACUCAAGUAACUUCAAACCAGCUCCAACAAACCAGGAGAAACAAAGAAAAAGGAGGAGAGAGGAAAAGAGGAAAAGUCUGGAUUCUGUGACUUUUUUAUAGCCUGCAUUGUGUGGAUUUUUGGGACAUUUUAUGAGAAGCAGCUUAGUUUUUUUUCUUAAUUCCUGUUGUUAUUUAUUCAUUUUGGUACUGACCACUUUGACAUCUUCUACCCAGCCUCCUCUGCGUUACUGUUCUCCCUGGACUUACGGAUCUAGAUGGGACACGUGUGGAGCAGUUUGUAAUAGCACAUGAAUGAACUCAUAACUUCUGUUUUGUCUAUAAAAGAUUGGGAGUGUGUCAUUGUGUGAGAUCACUGGAGCACAGAGUGAAAGGCAAAAGGUCCAUAAGCCGUGACCCCCGGCGGUUCUUGUUAUGAGGCAAUCUGACUUAUGGAUGUUGACACAUUCCUGGGGUGCUUCUGAGGAAUAACCGGCACAGGGGACUACAGCAGAGUCAGCCACAGCACCGCAAGCUUCUACCACCACCGCCAGAUACAUCACCUUUCAUAUUCACUGAUAACUCGACAUCUUCUGCAAAAAGUCUUGCUCCAGCCCAUUGCAGUCCUAUCAUCUCUACCCCAGUCGUUCCAGAAGUUUCAACACCUACAGUCCCUGUGAGGUUGCGGGUUCCCAGACAGAGGGGGUUUGGUCGGUCGGUCGGGGGAGUUUCUCCCACUCUCUUUCCCUCUCCCUGCACCCAGCUCAGCAUGCCCCAGCCCCUGAGCAUCUCCACAGCUCUCCCAGCUCCACUACCAUGUGUAGAUGGACAGUGACACAAGGUGCAUCGGUCGCCUGGUUCUCCUCCAGCCCCUGCUGCAGACCUCCUUCACUCCUCCUCUCCUUCACCUUCCUCCUGCUGCUCGUCCUGCUCAGACCUUCCUCGUCCUCAGCACUGUUUCCCACUUCUUCUUUAGACUCUGAGAGGAACCACAAUGCAACAAGAGGACCCUCUUCUUCGUCCCACCUUUUCUUCUCACAUCCACCACCUUCUUCAUCACCCACGCCGCUUCACGCACCCUCUGCAAGGUUACCACGGGCAACCAGCGUGGCAUCAUCUGCAGCAGUUGUUGGCCGUCAUGUGCGGAGCAGCUACAAACAUCUACAAGGAGAUGUGCGGAGAAGGAAACUGUUCUCCUAUCAGCAAUUCUUCCUUCGCAUUGACAAGCAUGGAAACGUCAAUGGUACCAAGAAAGAGGAUGACCCAUACAGUAUUUUUGAGAUCAAAUCAGAUGAUGUGGGAGUGGUGGUCAUCAGGGGCCUCAGCAGCAACCACUACCUGGCAAUCGCAAAGAACGGACUUCUCUAUGGAGCGAAGGACUAUGGUCCAGACUGCCGACUAACUGAACGCAUCGAGGAGAACAAGUACAACACCUACGCUUCAGCUGCGUGGCGCCACAAGACGAGGAAAAUGUUUGUGGGGCUGAACGCAAAAGGAAAGCCAAUGAAGGGAAGGAGGACACGGAGGAAAAACAAAGCCACGCACUUCCUGCCCAUUGUGGUGCAGUUAUGAUGAUUGGACAUAUCAGCCACUGGGGAGCUCUGCACACUGGAGGAGCUUUUAUUUUGGAAUUUGUGUGACGGCCACACAGACAGAUGUGAAACUGAUCCGUAUGAUGCACUGAGGAGCAAAAGGAAGGAAAUCUAUAGACUUUUAUUUACUGUUGGAUAAAGACAUUUCUAUUUUUAAAGAAAAAUAUAUCAGCAUACAAUGUAUAUAUUAUUUUCUGUUUUAAGUUAUAAAGUACACUGGCACAGUAAAACAAAAAAAGAAAUGUCUUAUGUGCCAAAAUGUGAUUUAGUAACUCACAUUUCUAGAUUUGUCAAGUUCAUGACUGGGACUUCUAAGCUAAAAGAAAAAAAAAUUAGUUGAGGAAGAAAAGGAUGGAAGUUUUAUUAGAAAUCUGAUAAUGAGAGUGGAAAAGAAAAAGACAAUGGUAUAAAAAAAGAAGGGAACGGCUUCCUCAAGAAAGCACCAACACAAAUCUACCAGUAUCAUAUUUUUCUUCAAAUUUAUUUAUUUUAUGUAAUAUUUAACAAGAAAAAAGAACAAAAACACUAAAGGACAAAUUCUUGUCUUUUUAUCUGCCAUUUAUGCUUCUCUUUUUGAAUACUAAUCAUUUAAACC